GCUGCCUAGUGGUGGUGGCGUCAUGGUUCCAAAGCUUGUCUGUUCUUUCUGAUUAUAUAAGUUGGGCUGUAAGAAAGGUCCUUGCAUCUCUUCUCUAAUUAGGAAGUUUACUGGCCGGAGUAACCAGAACAAGCGUGGCAGCGACAUGGUGGGGCUCUCGGUUGGCUGAAUUAGCUAUUCUUAAUGCUUUCUCUCUGUCCGUUGUAGUGCUAAGGCGUUCCAGUCAUGGACCAGGACCCCAUUGUGCUGGACACGGUAGAAGCAUGGAACAAGAAGACGCUCCCAGUGCCGCUCAGUUCGCAGCCUAAAUACAAGGUGAACAUGGCCCUGACGGGGAAGCCUUUAGACGUGACUCUGAGCAGCACCAGAUCUGAGCAGUGGAAUAUGGUUUUUCCUCAGAAAGAUGCGAUCAUCACCAGCUUAGUGUCUGCCUUAGACUCCAUGUGCUCAGCGCUCUCCAAGCUGAACGCCGAGGUCGCCUGCAUCGCCGUGCACGAUGAGAGCACCUUCGUGGUGGGCACAGAGAAGGGGAGGAUCUUCAUGGGCACGAGGAAGGAGCUGCAGGCGGAUUUCCAGAAGUUCUGCCGGGUCCAGCAGAGGAAGGAGCAGGACGCGGACAUGCCGAAGAAGGCCAAGGACUGUGGGCGGAACGUGCUCAGGGUCUCCCCGGACCAGGGAUCAGACGUUUACCUCCUCAGGAAGAUGGUAGAGGAAGUGUUUGAUGUGCUUUAUAGUGAAGCCAUAGGGAAGAGCAGCGUGGUGCCCUUGCCGUAUGAGAGGUUCCUGAAAGAGCCAGGAUUGCUGGCGGUCGCUGGCUUGCCCGAGGGGAUCAGCUUUAAGAAACCCAUGGAGUACGACGUGAAAUCCCUGAUGGCCAUUUUAGAGCACAGCCACAGUAUCCGGUUCAGGCUAAAAAGGCCAGCGGAUGAACCCAGCAGAGAGCCGAACCCUAGUGUAGAGUUGAAUUGUAUCUCCCUAGCGUCCAAGGGCAGCCGGGAGUCUGGUGCAAAUAACCAGAUCGCUAAAUCCGCCAGCCAAGACACUCCCUCCGCUGUAGCCAUGACCAAUUUCUUAUACGGUGUCUCGCUGCCUACGCAGAUUGCCAUGGACCUAAAGCAAGAGGUGUCCUCCAGUCUGCACGGGGUGAAUGCGGCCAGCGAGGUGCUGAUGGCCAGGCCCUCAGGAGACCUGAAGGUGCCUUCCUCACAGGAGUACAGCGACUGCUGUGGACAGAAAGCAGCUGGCUCUGGGGGCCCCCUCAUCCAGAACGUGCACUCCUCAAAGCGCAUCCUUUUCUCCAUCGUCCAUGACAAAACAGAUAAGUGGGACAGUUUUAUAAAAGAAACUGAAGAUAUCAACACCCUUAGGGAGUGCGUGCAAAUUCUGUUUAACAGCAGAUAUGCUGAAGCCUUGGGGUUAGACCACAUGGUUCCCGUACCGUACCGGAAGAUUGCGUGCGACCCAGAGGCGGUAGAAAUCAUUGGGAUCCCCGAUAAAAUACCAUUCAAAAGACCUUGUACCUACGGCGUCCCCAAGCUCAAACGGAUCCUGGAGGAGAGGCACAACAUCCAUUUUGUCAUCAAAAGGAUGUUUGAUGAGAGGAUUUUUACAGGUACGUUCUUCACAUCGCUCCAUUACCCUGUCUCUUGUCUGCCUUUCCCUUGCAGGGCUGAGAAGUGUAGCGUUUCGGAAAGCUGUGAACCAGGUACCUCCGGAGAACUGAGUGGGAUCAGACAGAUCAAAAUAGAGCCGGAUGAGUUAGACAUCAUUCAAAUCACUGUUCCAGACCGAUCGCCCGGUUCAGAAGAAAUGCAUGACCCGGCAACCACACACAUGGCUUCAGAGGAGUCGAACUACGUCCUAGAAACAGUAACAGGUACGGAGAAAGGGCCCAGUGAGGAUUCGCGGCACGAAGAAAAGCAGAUGGAAGGAUCAGAUGGUGUAGGGGAUGUCUUAAGUCAUUUGAGGAAACAAGUUGAGAUUUUGUUCAACAGCAGAUAUGCGAAAGCCAUAGGAAUUUCAGAGCCGGUCAAAGUUCCCUACUCCAAGUUCCUGAUGUACCCCGAGGACCUGUUUGUCGUGGGCUUGCCAGAAGGCAUCUUACUGCGGCGUCCAAACUGCUUUGGAAUUGCAAAGCUGAAGAAGAUCCUGCAAGCUAGCAACAACAUCCAGUUUGUCAUUAAAAGACCAGAGCUUCUGGCUGAGGGAAUUAAGGAGACUGCGUCUGACAGCCCAGGAGCCAAAGCCGGCGAGAGGGACGCCAGCGACUCGCUCGUGGAUGACGCUGUGAAGAGACAGGGCUUUCAAGAAAAUUAUGAUGCCAGGCUUUCCAGAAUAGACAUUGCUAACACACUAAGGGAACAAGUCCAGGACCUGUUCAAUAAGAAAUACGGUGAGAAAGCAGGAAAACCAAGCUGUAGCACUCAUUGCUCUCUUUUUCUUUCUCUCUUUUUUUUUUUUCUUCUUUUAACUCGUGCUGUAGCCCCUAGACGGAUAACGUCAUUGGAAAAAGCGUACGCUGCCUUGAAUGAUGAGGACGAUGCAAACAGGCUUGGAGAGAAGGUGAUUCUCCGGGAACAAGUGAAAGAGCUUUUCAAUGAAAAAUACGGAGAAGCUUUGGGGUUGAACCGGCCUGUCAUGGUGCCCUAUAAACUCAUCCGGGACAGUCCUGAUGCCGUGGAGGUUACUGGCCUGCCAGACGAUAUCCCAUUUAGAAACCCCAAUACCUAUGACAUCCAUCGGCUGGAGAAGAUUCUGAAGGCACGCGAGAACAUCCGGAUGGUGAUUAUAAACCAGCUCCAACCGUUUGCUGAAAUUUGCACUGAGGCCAAACAAACAGAAAAAGACAGCAGCGUUCCCAAGCGAAAGCGGAAGAGGAUCUCCGAAGGGAACUCUGUGUCUUCCUCUUCCUCCUCUUCCUCCUCCUCCUCUUCCAAUAUGGAGUCUACAUCAUCAACAAAUCAGAUCUCACUUGUGCAAUGGCCCAUGUACAUGUUAGACUAUGGUGGUCUAAACGUCCAGAUCCCAGGACCUAUUAACUAUUAGACCUCAAUACCGAAUAAGAACCUCAAAUGAAAGAAUAAAUAAAUAAAUGUAAUUUAUGUAAAAAGUGUAUAUUCCAAUAUGUAUCAAUGCCUUUUAGUUUUUCCAAUGAUUUUUACACUAUAUUCCUGCCAUCAAGGCCUUUUUAAAUAAAAAUAAAAAGUGUUGCCUUGCUCUUAAAAGUACUUAUUUUAUUACACAUAUUAUUGAAUUGCAAACUGCGUUUGUAGGUAAGAGUAAGUACAGGAGGGCAUCGCCGGAUGGACAGCUACAAACCUUCUUGCCAUGCUUUGGCUGCUCAAUAAAAUCGUCAGUGUCAUCAGUGUUUGGAACCCAGAGGUUUGACAUGCUUUAAUGCUUCCUUUGCUACUGAUGUCUUCAGACUUGAAUCAACAGUUUAAAAAUUUGCUUACAGAAGUGCAGGAGGAUUGGUGCGAAAUUGCACCACUGUGAAAGACGAGGGAACGAAUGCUCACAAGC